GCUAACGGAGCAUCAUGCUUAUCGUAUCCACAACUUUCCUCCUGAGAGAUCACAUCCAAUCCCCAAGUCUCACAUCCAUCUCUAAAUUCUGUGUUUUGCGUUGAUGGACAAGAUGAUCGCAAUGCUCGUGCUUCUGAUCCUCAAACCAGGAAGUGUGAGUGCUGGUUGGCCAGUGACUUUUGAAAACCCAAAUCCAUGUGCUUUAAAGGGAUCAUCGGUGCAUCUCAGGUGCUCAUACAACUACACAGAUGGGGAAACUGUUAAAAGGACUGCAUGGUACAAAGGGGAAUUAAUAGAUGGCACCUGGAAACGCGUUGAGCUCUCAGACCUUCCUUCAUAUCAAAAUCGUUUUAAAUAUCUUGGCGACCAGCAGCACGACUGUGGCCUGGCAAUUGAUGACCUGCAGGAUAAUGACACUGGACAUUACUACUUCCGGUUUGAUACACAGAGGUUUGGACAGCGGAGCAAAGAAUCUGUGUAUCUGUCUGUCACAGAGCUGAGUGCCAGAGUGUACCCUGACAGGGUGAGAGCAGGAAGCACUGUGAAUCUUGAAUGUGGAACAUCCUGCCAACUUCCCAACACAGUUUGGUUUAAAGAUGGGCGUCCAGUAGCCAAACCAGUGUUCCAGGCUCAAGCAGAGGAUUCUGGGAAUUAUUUAUGUGCUGUCGAAGGACAGGAGUCAGUGCUAUCUGACUCUGUGGCUCUGGAUGUUCAGUAUCCCCCGUUGAAUGUAUCUGUUGAGAUAAGUUAUGCUGGUCACCUGACAGAGGGCAGCAGUGUGAAUCUGAGCUGCAGCAGUGCUGCUAACCCUGCAGCAGACAACUACACCUGGUACUGGGCUUCUGUUUCCAGUUCCAGCUCCCUGCUCCAGGUGGGCUCAGGACAGGUGCUGUCUCUCCCCUCUGUGGAGGCAUCCCACUCUGGACUCUACCUCUGCCAGGCCAGGAACCCACUGGGGCAAAACAGCUCAACUGAGGUGCUGCUGACAGCGGGUGAUGCAGACAUUAACCGUGUCAUCAUCUUUGUUGGUACUGGAGUCUGUAUUGGCCUGUUGCUUCUACUGUUUAUUAUCUGGGCAUGGAGGCAGAGAUGUAGUUCUGCUGUGGAUAAAGAGGAAAACAGCCCUGAUUAUGAAAACAUCAGCAUUGCCUAAAUGGGUGAAAAGCAAACAAACAGGUUGACAGAGAAGGACAUGUCUGUUGUCUCCCUCCGCCUGAGCCUGAUGACAUUUCAUUAAACCAGAUACAUGACCUGCACAAGAAUGUCUGUGCUUUGUACGCUGCCUGGAGCUCAACAUAGUUGCUGAGCAGCAAGUUUCCCAACAUGAAAAUGCAGCAACACCUCUCAUUCCCUCCUGACUCCUGUCUGUGUAAACGUCAAGUACUUCUCAUGAGAAGACAGAAGGGAAUUGGAACGUUACCCAACCUUGCAACAAUACUUUUAUGAGAAAAUAGCUUAAUUUAGUAACUUAAGCUAUGAAAGUACAGUAAUGUAACAUUUUUCAGUGGUUCACUGCUGGUAAAACAGACUGUAUCCAGAAUCAGUGGUCGAACCAGGAUAUGCUGCCAUCUUGAGUUCAAAAUACUUAUGCAAAUGAUGUUCUUGUAAAUGAUUUGUUAGCUUCAGUCCACCAAAUUAGAAAUAUUAUGUGUGUUUUAUUGUUAUUUCAGUAUAAACACAGCUGUGAAGUCGCGUAGAAUGGUCGACAUUUAACAGUCACAAACUCCACCAGCGGUGAGCAGUAGUUGGAUACAAGCACCCCAUUUCUGCACCAGUCCGUGUUAACACAGCCCACCUCCACGAGUCUUACCCGGCGACAGAGCAGCAUCUCUAUCUGCUCUGAAGGCUAGCAGUAGUGAUGGCGAACUGAAGCUUUCUGAACCAGUGAAGCUUUCAAUCCAAUUGUAUCGAAAAAAAGGUUCAGUACUCGAAACUUCAGAACUCUAUGAGGACAUCUGCUGUUGAAAGUUAAGGAUAACAUUGUGUCACAAACUGUUUCACAGUUAUUAGCCAUGAAUGUCUUUGAGUUGAAGAUGAAUACAUUUUGAGUAUGAAUUCAUGGAUAAAUAAAUAAUGACAUAAAUAACUAAGCCUAUGUGGGACCUUGCAUAAAUAAAAAUGUAAUUGCCUUCUCCACAAAAAAAAAGAACAAUAAAGUUAGGAUUUUGGUUGUGAACUGUCUUGUGUUUGUAAACAAAUACAUCAGUUUGGGAGGGAAAUGAAUGAAGAACACAUUGCACAUUGCCCACACAUUUGUGUGAUUAUAUUGAGUACGUAGCAUAGAGCAACAUUGUCUCCUCAGCCAAAUAGGUGAGAUAUGCAGUGCAGAAGGCGCUAUAAACUCUCUUUUAUAAACUCUCUACUCAGUAUAAAUUUAGGCUACUUGCAAUAAACUUGCUAUAAACUAGGCUACUCGGUAUGAACUUUCUACUGGCUAUACACUUUCUACUCGCUAUAAUAUUCACUAUAAUAAUCUCUCUAUUCACUAACUCUCCUGACUCUGUUGACUCCCUACUGCAAUAACCCACAAAGGCGUGCCCCGUGUCGCGAUGCUCGCGCAGCUUUUGAAUUCAACUUUGAAGCAGUCACGUGGGUGUGUGUGAAACGAAGCUUCGGACGUCACUGGUCACGUGAUUAUCCCAAAACGAAUCAAGCGCCGAUACAAAGCUUAAUUCCAAAUUGGUUCAUGUUUUCGAUACAUGCCUCGAAGCAGGGGGUUCACGGCUAACAUCACUAGCUAGCAGGCCUGGUAGCUGAACUCGCGUUGGGAGUUUCGUUGAAGUUGGAUGUAGUCUAGUUUGUUGUAUAAUGAGCGGACACUUGCAAGCAGGAUGGAUGGGACAGAUGGCCGGCUAGCAUUAGCUUUCCACCUAGCUCGAACUCCUGCACGCCGCUUUCGAGGUCCCUUUCCCCGGCUGGCGGCAUGGAGCGACACUGCAGGCUGAGGUGCUGGUCUCCGUAGCAGGCGAAACUUGCGUAGUGUGUCGAUUAUUCCGUCUGUAAUAAAGUGUCCUGCAUAUUCUCCAAUCUGUACCAAUGUAUCCCGGUGGUACACAUGUGCGGUAGUUUGAAUGCACAUAAUUGUUGUAAAAGUUUGCUGUUGAAAAGAGAGAGCCUGUUUAGCGUAGCUCCAAGAUGGCUGACACUCGACCAUGGAUGUAUUAAGGCACUUGACUCGCAUCGGUAGCGACAGUCCCACCCCUAUGGGCGGGUUGAAAACAUGCGGAACUAGCUGGCUGUAGUCCAUAGACUCUGGGCAAAAAUCCCUCCAAUGACGCUAAAUGAAGAUUUUUGCGUCAUCAGAGGCUUUUUUUCCAGACCCACAAUACAGAGAGGGAGGGAAGCAUGGUAAUUUGAAAAUACUACCGUGUUUCUACUGAUACAAAGCUAAAUGCUAAUUGGUGAAGUAUCCUUUUAUCAUAUUUAGUGUUUGAAAUUGUAACAGAAAUAAUCACAGCAUAGCAUUUAUGGGGUCAAUGCAUUUUAAAGUUUGUUUCAUCUGUAAACUGUUCAACAUAUGCCACAGAUGGCAGGACUUUGGUUAAUAUGGUAGUAAUCCGUAAUCGCUAUUCAAUAAUCUUUUUGUGUACCUUCUGACUCCUGUAAAGACAUUUCACACCUGCAUGAAAAAUAACAAGCAUUUCCUGGCUGCUGUAAUCACUGUAUAAAUCAUGUUUUUAUGUCAAAGUAUAAGUUAUUAACAUGUUUUCUUAUACAAUAAACUUAAACUCUU